ACAGAGCAAAGCUUUAGCUGCGAUGGCGCAUAUCCACCAGAGUACAGAAAUAGCCAGAUAUACAAGGAGAGGGUUGAGCCACUGGUACAAAGAGCCAUGGAAGGUUAUAAUGUCACAGUGCUUGCUUUUGGAGCUGCAGGAUCCGGUAAAAGCAUGUUGAUGACCGGCACAGACGAUGACCCAGGCAUGAUACCAUCUGCAAACAGAAGUGUUUUUGAGAUUGCCAGCAAACAGGGUGGGAAGGAUUUCAUGAUAAGUGUUUCUUAUGUGGAGAUUGUAGAUGAGAAAAUGACAGAUUUGUUGAAUCCUCACACUAACACUAUGAACAUCAGACAGCACCCAACAAAAGGAAUUUUUGUGGAUGGACUGUCCGAGAUUAUUGUGAAGAGUGCUGAUGAGAUUGCGCAAUAUUUUGAGCAGGGAACCAGGGCCAGGAAAAUGGGAGCCACUGACAUGAGGUCACAUAGACCCAGGGCUAAUGCAGUGUUUACUGUAAUAAUUGAGCAGAGAGAGAAGCAGUCCAGUAAAGUUGGUGUACGAUCAGUGUUACACAUGGUUGACUGUGCAGGAAACAAUGCCAGCGGUCUGUCUGAUCCAGAAGUGCUAGCAGGAGUUCAGGGGUUACAGAAUGUGUUGAUGGCUCUAGGAGGCCCAAGAAAGGGGAGUGGGGUUCCCUACAGGGAUUCUAAGAUUACAAGAUAUCUUCAGGAGUCACUUGGAGGAAAUGCCAUCAGUCUGUUGUUUGCCCUGGUAUCUCCUCUAGAUAAAUCAGGCCAGGAAAACACGAACACUAUGCAAGUUGCUCAGUUUGCAAAGAAUGUGAAAAACAGGGUCAAGUUAAACUUGGACGAAACUAAUGAAGUGAUUGCUGACCUGAGGGAAGAGAUUGGUAAACUGCGGGACAAAAUUGCUUCCACAUCAGAACCUAGCAAGGAAGAUGUUCUUAAAAUGGAGGACCUGGUGAAGGACUUGCAAAUUGCCAAGAAGCAGACCUGGGAUGAGAAACAGAGAGCUUCGGGCAGAUUUGAGGAGGAGCGGAAAGUGAACCUGGCAAACAAGGGUAUAUUAGAGUGGGUGUCUGACAACAUGAAGAAGGGAAGUAAAGAGCUGCAAGAGAAAGUACAGAUGUUACAGAAAGAGAAAGAUCAAAUAAUGGCAGCGUACAAGGAGAAACGAGCCAUCGUGGACGAACUUAAAGCUGAAUUACAAAAUAAGAUUGCACAGUACUCAAAAUUUGCUGAAAAAGGUGAGAAGUUUUUGAUUGGUUAUGGGGUUGAUACAUUUGUUGAAAGGGAUAAAGAUAUUACAAUAUAUAGGAUAUUUCUGUGUGAGAUUGAAACAUAUCUCACAGAAGUAACACCACAUGAGAGGCAAAGCAAGGAAGUGCAGAACUGCGUGCAGAAAGUUGAGCUUGAAGAAAGGAAGAAACUUGAAGAAUCCAACAAGUCGCUGGUGGCCGAGGAGUUAGAACGUACCAGACUGGACAUUGACGCGGAGAAAGCUGAGAUUCAGAUGCGUGCAGCCGAGGGGAAGAAAUAUUCCACCAAGGAGGGUGAGGAACUUGAGAUUAAAGUGGCGGAAAUGAAAGCGGAGAAGUCAGUCGUCACACUACAGUUGCAGUGUAUACAACAAGAGAAGGCAAGACUGGCUAAAGAAUUAGAGGAGAUACAUAGACUACACAAAGACGAGAUGGAACUACAACAACUUCAACAUUAUCAGACAUUCAGGAAUUAUCGUGAAAUGUUUGAGGAGCAGAAGGUGGCUAUAGAACAACGUUACCGCCACUUGCUUGACGAUUCUAUUCAGGACGCAGUCUUCCUGUCCGCACGCAACAACGAACUUGUCCUUGAAAAUCAGGAGCUCAGACUACAGCUCAAUGAAAUGAAGGACGUUGUCACAAAAUUGGGUGGAAGGUUGCCGAGUUCCGUGGAAAAUCCACUCUAAACGCCGACCAUGAUAAAAGCAUUUGGACAAUCACUGUUAAUACUUGUGAUCAAAAUCGAUAAAACCAAAGAAAUACUGGUAAAAGACUUAAAUGUAAUCAAAAACUGCAAAACCAAAGAAAAACAAACCUGUAAUAUGUUAUCAAAAAUCAACAAAAUUGAAGGAAAAAAGACAUUCUAUUUAUGCAAGACCCUACCCACCAUCCCCACAAAUGCCCCUCCCCUAAUGUUUAAUGUUUCAAUUCAAACAAGUUUGAUUAUACAAAUUUUUAUAUCAUUUGAAUCAUCAAUGAAUUAAAAUCAGUUUGACUGUAUUACUGAAAGCAACCAGGAAAAAUUUUGUAAAUAUUCCAUGUGGGGUGGAGUUAAGAACAUUAUUUUGCAAUUUUUUUAUUUAUUGGAUGAAAAUUAGAGAAAAGAUGCUGGACAUUCCUUUGAAUGCUGGACAUUCCAUUAUAUAUUUUUGUAUAUGUUUCUUUUUUUUUUCUAAAUCUUUUGAGAUUUAUUAUUUUAUUGUGUUGUUGUAUUUACUAUGCAUUUAUUUAGUUUUCUACAGCAUUUACAUGUACAUGUAUAUUUGAACUGAUUAUUCAUAUCCUUGCCACAAUAUUUCCCUUUGAAAUUAUUUUGAAUUAAAUUAAUGAUUGUGUUAAGACCUUCAGAUUGUUGAUAACUUUUACAGUUUACUGAAUAAUGAAGAUAUACUGUCAAAAAACUAUUCAAUGGCACUUUAAAGGGACUCCAUUGAGAUUUUUUGACAUAGCAGGGUUGGAAAUAUCUUUUUUAGAUUAAUGUACCAUUUAAUAAAGAUCCAGUUCAAUAAUAACCUGUGUGCAAAAUUUCUGAUCAUUCGCUCACUUUGAUCAAGUUUUUAUAUUGUGCAAAAUGACAAAAGAAAGAAAAUGAUUAAAAAGUGAUUACUAGUAAACAUAAAUUUUAUAACUUGUAUCAGAUUCACAAAAAUCUGAGUGUACUUGUUCAUUAUCUUUUGCAUAUUUUUCUAUUUUAUUGAUGUAUGCAAGAAAUUCAAUUUUUUUUUUAUUUUAGAAUUUUGUACAAUAGUGGAGUCCUUUUAAGAUAAAAAAAAUUAAGAACAGGAGAACCCUUUGAUUAUUGACAUCAGUUUCAAGUUCGCCAAGCCUGUUUUGAAUGUAUUCGUCUGCUGGCAAAUUUUAAUAUUGUGAUAUCAAAAUCCCUUUGACUUCUUAUGGACUGUCCAAAACUCAAAUCAGGGCAAGUCCAUUACACAAUUUCAGGAGGAUAAGUGUUUAGAACAUAAACAGAUUUUUUUCUAUCUCAAAUUAGUCAUUGAAAUAAUUGUGAAUGCUAUAUAUUAUAUUAUCUGCUGCAAAUACGUCUGUGAUAAUGAAUGCAAUGAAUUUUUCAAACAUAUAUUUUGUUCCGUCCAAACAUUGUGCAUUGUUAAAAUGAUAUACAUGUAUGUAUACAUUUGAAGAGUUUGCUGUUUUUCAGAUUCUAUAUUGUGAAAAUUUUAUUAUUGUCAGUGUGUUUUUAUACUUUCGUUAAUGAAAAUUUUCAGAUUGUUACAUUAUACUUUUCCAAGGGCCUCAGUGGAGGUCCUUUAAGAUGUUACUUCAUAACAUUUAAGAGAAAUGGUAUUAUGAAUUUUUUUUAAAGUAAUAAAAAGUUAUACAUCAAACCCUAAUUGUAUAGGAAUUACGAGAGGGCAAUUUUUAAAAGUGAGACUAAAAAAGGUGUUGGAGAACCACACUAAAUACUGUAUUCUGGUAUAUACCGGACAAGGCACUUGAAUGUUUAAAUGCUAAGAUCUCAGCUUUUCAUGCAGAAAUGCAUUUACAGAUGACUAAUGCAUCUCCUCACACCAAUUUACGAUUAUGAAUGAAAAAAAGUAAGAAUUGUUGAAAUAGCGAUAAUUUUCUACUUGUGAUCAAGAUUUCUGUCAAGCGUCUACAGGUUCUGCUCCUGCUCCAACACUGUAGUGAGUUAAAUCCAUUUUAUAAACCUAGUUUUUCAUGCAAAAUUUUGGUGCUGGCACCAAUAAUUUAAAGUGACAAAAUUUAAAAAUACAUUUUGUAUAAACAAAAAGUGUAAGGACCUUCGUUGUCAUGUUAAAGACAGCAGGUGUUUUUUUAAUAUUUGACUUUAAUGGCAUAUUUUGAUAUACAUGUAUUUAAUGGUUGCAUAAAGUCAUUGUCCAAAAAAUGAUAUUCAUGUAUAUCUUGAGAAUUUUUACUUUGUUCGAAACCUUCAAAAUAAAUGAGGAUUUUUGAUUACUGGUGAUUUUCAUAAAAACUGUGUUUGAUAUACUUUCUUCCAGCUUAAUAUCACCACUUCUUUAAACAUCCUCCACCCUCCAAUAAGAAAAGAAAACAAGAAAAAACAAAAAAACAAAGCAAUAUUGUGAAUACUCUAUGUAAUAUUUUCUGUUGUAAUUAAACUGAGUACCAUAUUUAUCCUUGUUUGCCUUAUUUGGUCUUUCUGAUCAAAGGGAAGUAAGCAUGUAUUACUGGAAAAACUUGAACUGAACAGAUGCAUACGAGGACUACAGUAUUUCAAUACAUAGAAAAUUGUAAUAACUUACUUUCUUUUUAAUUUUUCUGGCAGUAUUUUGUAGUGAACGCCAUCUUUAUAAUGAAGACUUACACACUGAUAAUUUCAUAUAUUUAACUUUAACUUUCUUAUACAAAUUUCCAAUUUCUAAAUUUAAUAUGGAAUUAGAUAUAACAUAGAUUGUAUAACAAUAACAUGAACUAGAAAAAUAAAUGGUACACA